UUAAACGACACCAGUCUCCACUCUCCAGUCCUCCACCACACAGUCCCCACAAAACCCACUCCGCCGUUGAAACCAAACGUCGAACACCUGCCGCUCGCUAUGUCGUCCGCCAUGCCGGAGGAGCCACGGCCGGUGCGCUUCGGCAUCAUGGGCUGCGCCACCAUCGCGCGCAAGGUGGCUCGCGCCAUGCUGCUUGCGCCCGCCGCCAACGUCGCCGCCGUCGGUAGCCGCUCUGAGGAGAAGGCACGCGCCUUCGCGGCAGACAACGGCCUCCCCGCCGGUGUCCGCCUCCACGGCUCUUACGAGGGGCUAGUCGACGACCCCGACCUUGACGCCGUCUACAUCCCGCUCCCCACCAGCCUUCACGUCAAGUGGGCCGCCGCGGCCGCCGCGCGGGGCAAGCACGUGCUCCUCGAGAAGCCCACCGCUCUCUGCGCCGCCGACCUCGAUGCCAUCCUCGCCGCCUGCGAGUCCAACCGCGUCCAGUUCAUGGACUCUACCAUGUGGAUGCACCACCCCCGCACCGCCAAGAUGCGCGAGCUCGUCGCCAACAAGGGCACCAUCGGCGACGUCAGAGUGAUAAACACCGUGUUCAGCUUUCAAGCAGAUGAAGAUUUUCUCCACAAUGACAUCAGGGUAAAGCCAGACCUUGAUGCCCUCGGUGCACUUGGCGAUGUCGGGUGGUACUGCAUCCGUGCAAUCUUGUGGGCUGUUGACUAUGAGCUGCCCAAGAGUGUGGCCGCUUUCCGUAACCCAGUGAAGAACCAAGCUGGCGUGCUCCUUGCCUGUGGCGCAACGCUCUACUGGGCCGAUGGCAAGAUUGCCACCUUCCACUGUUCUUUCCUUACCAACCUCACCAUGGACAUCACCGUCGUUGGCACAAACGGUAAUCUUCAUGUCACUGAUUUCGUCAUCCCAUAUGAAGAGAAAUCUGCCCCAUUCAGCGUGGCCUCCAAGUCAAGCUUUGCCGAACUACAUACUGGAUGGGAUCCACAUCCAAGCAAGCAUGUUGUCACGACAGACCUGCCACAGGAGGCACUCAUGGUCCAGGAGUUCUCUAGGCUGGUGCAGAGCGUCCGAGAUGCUGGUAGCAAGCCUGAGAGGAACUGGCCAGCCAUCACCCGGAAGACACAGAUUGUGAUGGAUGCAGUGAAAACUUCUAUUGACAGUGAAAGUGAGCCGGUUAAUGUUGCCAGCUAAAUACAGAACACAACUGGCUAUUUCGAUGACAUGUCUUCGAGAGCAUGGCCGCUCUUAUAUUUGCUCAAAUACUUUAUGCUGCACGAAACAAUUCAUCAUUCUGAUCAUACUGAGGACAAUGUUACAAUCAUAAAAUAAAAUGUUACCACGAAUAAAUUAUGUAUAUGUAAGCUUUGGUAUUGGUCAU